AUGGCGGCAAAAUAUAUAAUUUUAUUUUCCGCGUGCUUUGUGCUCGCAUCAUCUCAAAGUACUGGAUUGCAAACAGUGAAUGGGAGAAUAAAGGUUUCCGUGGGUUUAACAUCAUCGGAAUCUGAAGUAUCGAAAUUCAUUAAUAACCAGCUGGUACCAGCGGUGGAAGCGUAUGGAAAGUUUCUUGACAUCGAAUUCGUACCUUGGGGAAGAACAACCUGGGUUAAUAACGUUAUCCAAUGUAAUAGUGGCCAUGCCGAGUGUUGGGCCAAUCGUCUACACAGAUGCGUUUUGGACAAGCUGAAGAAUGACCAAGCCGCCCAGCUCCACUAUAUGGCUUGCGAGUUUUCUGCGCCAUACCCAUCGUACUUGCAAGGAUCUUAUAUCUGUGCUCAAGCUGUCGGCUUAAAUCUGCUGGAUGUUGAUUACUGUGUCGCUAAUCCUGGAGACGAAUUGGAUAGAGCAGCCCAGGAGGCUGCCUCCGUACCAAUGGCACAGUUCCAGUUCAUCCCAUAUAUCGUUUUCAAUGAAGCCAUCAAUGUUGAUUUACACGAAGAAGGUUUGGUCAGACUUCCAAAUUUAAUCUGUUGGGCUCUAUCGGAGGACUCGAGCACUGGAGUAACCAGCUGUCAUGUUUAA